CCAAUGUGGACGGAAAUUUCUGGGGGUUAUCAAGAGUUGGUUAUUGACAGUUUAUAUUGACGGGUUGUAAGUUAAGCUGGACUUUUAGUCUCGAGCUUUUAUAAUGGAGUAAUGAAGGGGAAUUGAUGCAUGCAGCCUAGAGGUUAAAAGUUGAUGCAAGAAGGUUUCAGCUAAUGAAUAAGAACAUAGGAGCAUGAUUUUCAGUUCAUGUGUGCGUGCAAUGGUGUCGGGGAAAGAAGACGAGGGUGGUUGGCCAGAGUUCGUUGAACUUUAUCAACCUGACAAAAGUAUUGUUCUUCUUUCUGAUGCUGCAAAAUGUCAAAGUGUUGAGGCUUUUUUAAGGUUUUGUAAUCUUCCAGUUACACGAAAAUAUUCCAAGAAUGCUGAAUUCAUGUCUCCAAAUGGUGAAGUACCACUUCUGAGGGCUGGAAAUGCAUUACCUGCUGGUAUUCAAGAGAUAUUAUCAUAUAUUCAAAAAAAGGGUAUGUCAUCAAGUGAAUUACAUUUAAAAUCACAAGAAAAGGCAGAGAUGAUGGCAUACAUAUCACUUGUUGAAAAAUGCUUUCUACCUGCUGAGCUUUAUAUGUCAUGGUGCAACAAAGAAUGGGCCAUUCGCAGUCGACACAAGUAUGGUAGUCCUUACCCUACACCUUUGAAUAUUAUUCUCGGCUACAAGAAACAGAUGUCUGUUCGUAAUCAACUAAGAGCAAUGAACUGGCAUCUUAAAAAAGAAGAGGAGGUAAUUGAAGAAUUCAAGAAAGGAUGUCAAGCAUUAGCAGAAAAGCUUGGAGGACGCAAGUACUUUAUUCACGAUUUGCCAACAGAACUAGAUGCUGUUGUGUUUGGCCAUCUACACACUAUCUUAAUGAGAUACCAGCCAGAUGACUCAUUAGAGUCUGUCGUCAAGAUGCACAAAAAUCUUGUUAAUUUUGUUGCUAGAAUUCUUAAAGAGUACUUCAGAUAAAAAACACUUACAUUUCUCAACUAUUUGUAAAUAUUAUAAAAUUUCAAAGAAUAAAU